AUGGUUAACAAGCCCACGCGAUGCGCGAGCAAGGCCGCCGAGAGAGCGUCCGCACGUCUCUGUGCGGACGCCGAAGCAGAAACCACAGCAACUGAUGUCUCAUCGGUUGCUGAAGCGACCCAGCCUGUGUCACCUGGUGAUGCAGGCGCUCGUCAUGAAGACACCCAUGUCUUCACAGAGUAUGAGCUCGGUGUCUCAUACUCUCCCGAUACGGAAGAUGGAUCUGUAUCGACGGCGAUCUAA